AUGUGGCCCCUCUCGGCUGGCAUCCUAGCUCUGUUGAGCGCUACAUGCGCGUUGGCUCUGCCUACUACGCCCCUUCUGGAAGAGCGUGCUACAUCUACGAACUACACUAGUAUCGUAGUAUUUGGCGACUCGCUUGUGGACAAUGGCAAUGGCACCUACCUGUUGUCCAACAAGACAUGGCCGUCUGACCGCGCGUACUUUGACGGUCGCUUCAGCAAUGGAGAGACAUGGCCUGAGCAGCUUGCCAAUCUUCUGCACGUCCCACACGUGCACGACUUCGCGUAUGGCGGUGCGACCACCAACAAUAGCGCUGCGCAGGGCUAUUCGGACUACAACUCCACGUUGCCUGUGCCUGACGUGAUUCACCAAGUGGGUCAAUACCUGGAUCUCGUCAAUGGCACAGCGGAUCCUAGUGGUAUUUACAUUGUCUCUGGUGGCUCCAACGACGUGUUUUUCGGCACGGCCAAGACGUUGGACCUAUUUGGUUUGGCUGAGACGGCUGUCCGAACUCUGGAGGCCGAGGCGCGUCGUCUGAUCCGCCAUGGCGCGAAAACCAUUGUAUUCCCCACGCUUAGCGAUAUGACGAAGACACCAGCAGCGUUGCACUACAGCAAUCUGAUUGAUAUUGUGGGAAGUACGCUGUUUGUAGACCACUUCAACAAGGUCCUUCGCUCGGCCGCCCACGAUGUAAGCCGUGAUGCGACUGUGUACAUUUUCGAUUUGCACGAAGCGGUGGGUCGUAUCAAGUCUCAUAAGAAGCGCUACGGACUGGACAACGUAUCGGACGCAUGCUUGCAAGGCACUACGAAGCCCGAAGUCGAAAAGGGCGUAAAGCGACAUGUAUGUAACAACCCUGACGCCUACUUCUUCUGGGAUAUCUACCACCCUACGGCCCAAGCACACAAGUUGCUGGGGGACGCGGCAUUGCCCCUCUUUUCGUGA